AUGACUGCGCCAAAACUUAACAUUAGAUGGUUUUAUGCCACUGAUAUACCAAGCGUAAAACCGGCGGACAAAAACUAUGAGCAAAAACAGAGAGCCAAAAAGUUCCUUCCGUUUGAGAAGUUUGAUUCAGAAAGAAUCGAGGCUGCUUUCCAAAAAUUCAACACAACAAAAGACAUACGAGACUCGAUUGUUCCAGUUAACGAAGAUGAGCUGUUUGAUUGCGAUAUUAAAGCAAAAUUGCUCAAACCUGCAUACUGGAUCGGACCAGAGUAUGAAGUGAGAAGGGGAACCUGGUUUUUGGACAAUUCACCAGUUCCAGAGUUAAUAGCAGAACAGCUGGAAAAAGCAUAUGAUGAAGUUAAGCCAUACGAUAGGAAGGAUCUUACUUCAAAGCAAACAGGUGAUGAAUUUUCGUCGCGGUAUGAACCGGACUGCCAUUUGCAGGCAGAAGCUACCUUAUAUGAAAAGAAAACAGGCAAGAAAUGGCCGUUUGAAGAAUCAGCAGAUGCUACAACGAAAGAGAAAGAUGUAAUUUUUGUUGAUGAGAACACUGCAGUCUUACUGGAUGACACAAUUGGCCUGCGGAAAUUCGUUGUGGAUGCAUUUGCAAAGGCCAGGAAAGCGAGCUUAAUGGGUGGAUACUGUUUGGUUAGAGGUUAUGAAGAGAAGAACGACAAGCAGAAGCAAGAUGAAAACAAGAAGAGGGAUUCAUCAAAUGAAAAUGAGCACGGUGAACCAAAAAACAAGAACAACGAAGCAUCGGGAAAGGAGGUCAGCAGUAAGAGUACGGCUGCCGAAAUAAUGGAAAACAUCAAAAGUAAGGUGGACUGGGAAUUUUCCAACGAGAAAUAUCAGAAGGAAAUGGAAGGGGACUUUACCAACAAUCCGAGUAAAGUGGAAAACUCUGGUGACCGAGAGGUCGACCACUUACUAUUCUGCAUUCAUGGUGUUGGCCAGAACAUGCACAUGUGGGAUGUUAAUAUGAACUUUGCCCAUGAUUGCAGCGUAUUCCGUCAACAGAUGAAGGGCUUGUUUAAGAAAUACCCAGAGAAGUAUGCAAAGGAAGCAUAUCCAGAAGGUACAGACCUCAAGUCCGAGGAAGUUAAAAACUGCAAGGUUCAAGUUCUUCCAAUUGUUUGGAGAUACAAUGUUGACUUUUCCUGGGAGCAUGUGUACAAAGAACGUGCACAAGAUGGCUCUCUUCGCUUUCCUAAGCUCUUGGAUCUCAAUAUUAACGGCACAAAUCCAAUUCGAACCAUGGCUGCAGACGUUGUUCUUGAUAUUCUUUUAUACUACGAGCCUGGAUUCAAGAGGCAGAUAAUAGGCAAUGUUGUGAGAUCAAUGAACAGCAUAUACGACAAGUAUUUGAAAAGACAUCCAAAUUUCAAGGGUAAAGUUUCCAUCUGUGGACAUUCGCUUGGUUCGGUUAUAGCGAUGGAUCUUUUAUGCCUCCAGCCGGGUAAAAUUCCAACUGGAGAUAAAUUCGAUCCCGAAGUGCAAUUAAAAUUCCCGGUUGAGAAUUACUUUGGAAUGGGUUCUCCAAAUGGUGUGUUCAAGUUGAUGAAAAGACAGAAUAUUUGUCCAAGAAAUGCAUCCUGGGAAAAGAGGCACCAGAAAGACGUCAACGAGAUGUUACUAGACUCUGAAAUCUCCCCCAAGGUGAAUAACGUUUACAACAUCUUCUACCCGAUGGACAUUGUUGCUUACAGAAUUGAACCAUUGGUUCACACAUCCAUGUCGAAAUAUAAGCCAAAAUCCAUUCCAUUUGCUGAUGAAAACAACAUCAACACCAAGAUAGAAUCAUUGAGCACACUGCCAGCAGGAAUUUUAGAUAAUCCGAUAGUGAAGAACGUGUUCAAGAUGACCGGAAUGGAUGCUCAAUAUGAAAGGGCAUGUAGAGCUGCUGAAUCAUCAUCUGCUCAGUCACCUAAAGAACUUGAUAUUCCUGAGAAAACGAAGGAUGACCUGAAACAAUUAAAUAAGAAUGGAAGGCUUGAUUAUUCUUUGCCACAGGGAUACUUUGAGAUUGAUAUGGUUAACGCUCUUGGCUCUCAUACGCAAUACUUAAAGGAUGAAAAUGUUGCAAGCUUUAUUCUAAAGGAGCUUUGGAACAAGGGUUCUUCAAAAAUAUUGGGUGUGAAGAAGAAUGAGCAGGCGCUACAAAAGGUUGAGAAUACCAAUAACAAGUAA